AGAAAAAGGAAAGGCGAGCGAACUGCAUCUCUUCAAAGUCACCACCUUGGCCUGGUUUGGCUUGGCUAACACACAGAGAGAGAAAGAAUCCAAAAUCUUACAAAAGAAACAAACCUGUGCUUAUUUCUAGAGAGAUAAAUUCUUUGAUUUCCAACUUUUUAGAGAGAGAAACACAAAACCAGUAAAAUGGCUGCCUUUGAUGCAUUUGAAGACAUUCAACCUUCAAAUCACACACCUUUCGAUGAAGUAGACGAUGAGAGCUACUCCAACUUCGGCUCUUACUCCACCGCCGCUGCCGCUCCAGGUGAGUUCUCCGGAGGAGGUGUGCCCGUCGAUCACGUCAGUUCUUCUCCUGAUGUGUUCGGGUUCGGAUCUGAUGCGGAUCCCGGUUACUCUCAUCAGAGUCCGUUCGGGUCGGUACAUGUUGAGAACGGGAAUGGUAGUAAUGGAUAUAAUGGAGCGGACGAUGGCUUCUUUGUGAGUGAUGGACCGAUCCUUCCUCCGCCUACUGAAAUGGAGCCUGAAGAGGGUUUCGCUCUUCGCGAGUGGCGUCGUCAAAAUGCCAUGCAUCUUGAGGAAAAAGAGAAGAGAGAGAAGGACAUGAGGAAAAAGAUAAUUGAAGAAGGGGAGGAGUAUAUACGUGGUUUCUAUGAGAAGAGGAAGCUCAAUAUUGAGACCAUCAUAGCGACUAACAGAGAAAGGGAGAAGUUGUACUUGGCCAAUCAAGAGAAAUUCCACAAAGAGGCAGACAAACAGUACUGGAAAGCAAUAGCGGAGCUUAUUCCUCGCGAGGUUCCUAAUAUUGAGAAGAAGAGAGGCAAGAAGGAUAAGGAUCAAGAUAAGAUGCCAUCAAUUACCGUAAUCCAGGGCCCAAAGCCUGGAAAACCCACUGAUCUUUCAAGGUUGCGCCAUUUACUUGUUAAGCUGAAGCAUACACCCCCACCUCAUAUGAUUCCACCCCCACCUCCUCCAAAAGAUGCCAAAGAUGGGAAGGAAGGAAAAGAUGCAACAGCAGGUGCAACUUUGUCAGGAACAAAGGGGGAGGCUGCUCCAGUUGCCAAAGAAGCCACAGCAAAUGGUUCCUCCAACACGCCCAAAGAAGAUGUUGCUGCUGCCAAUGCCCAGCCUGUCGCAGAAGCAGAGUCAACACCAGCUGCCUAAUCCCUCACAUCUCUCUCUUUCCACAGUUGUUCAGCUCUAUAUUCUUUUGUAUCAUCUUUAUCAAGGUUUUAUUUUGUUGUUCGGCGUCUCUCCUGUCGUUGAAAAUGACUAGGUAUGGAGGCUCGUCCGGCUUUACUCUCUUUUUUGGGCAUAUAUUAUAUGGACCGAGAUUUGAAA